AAAUCGGUGAGCCACGAUGAGCGCUGGUGGAAUGAAGUGCAUUGAGUUUCUAGCUCUGUCGCUUGCUCUCUUGAACGAUGACAUCUGCGCGUUCACAAGCUUCUUCCCUUCGGUCCUGGUACCGAAAUGUCCCGAUGGCGUAUAUCUUUGCACUUUGGACGCUGCCUUAUCGAAGACCUCCAAUAAGACGACUUUCAGCGAGAAAGUGGAUGUUGCUUUCAACCUGGACCUUAUAAGAUCUGUCACGCGGCUCAAAAGACGUCUCUUGAACAAGGCUUUGGCAGCCACAGGUCUGGUACGGAGGCCGCUAUUCGACUCCGAGAUGUCCCAUGAAGCAAGCGAAUCCCUGAAAAAUUCGGACUCGAGUCGUUACACCCUCGACUCAGGACAGAGCACGGAGAGUUUUUGUGACGAACGCGUCGAAGUACUCAUCCCCGAAGUGGGGCAGAAUAUCCGCGGACAGUGGGUGCUCCUCGGAGGCGACGUGGAGGUGACAUCAACUCAAUGCGGCAAGUAUGCUUCCGGGCCGUGUCAAACUGUGGUCAACAGCCGCUGCAGUCAACGCUUCGGAGAAAUAUCGCUCCCGGUCAUCAACGGAAAUCAGUAUCAGGUCGAAAGGAUCAGAGUUCCCUGUGGAUGCACGUGUGAAAUUAUGCCCGAGAGUUCGGUUCAAUAA